CUCGGUAGUUUUUAGUUUAGAAGGCGUUGGAAGUGGAAAUAAUUCACGUGCGUCUUGAUUUUAACAUUGUGAAAUAUGCAGGAUUCCAUAGAAGACUACAUAAAAAUCGCUGGUGUUAGAAAAGAUGGUAAAUCUGCAGUAAAUCAAGAGAAGCUUGCAAGUAUCAGAGCAACCCUUGAAUCUAAAAGAAGAGCAGAUGAAUAUUCUCACACUAUUGUAGAGUUUCUCAUUGAAGGAAAACUAAGGCCUAAAGUAUUUCUAAAGAGUUUAAAUAGUAUCAAUGAGUCACUAUAUGAAGAUGUGGUGGAUGAAAGAGCAAUUACAAAAUUAUGUGGAUAUCCCAUUUGUGGAAACUCAAUACCUGAUAUCCCUGAGAAAAAAUACAUCAUUCUGGCAAAAGUUAAUAAAGUUUAUGACCUGACUGAUAGAAAAAAAUACUGUAGUAAUUUUUGUUACAAAGCAAGCACACACAUAAAAAGUCAAAUUGAUAAUUCACCACUAUGGCUAAGAAAAGCAGACACAAUUUAUGAAUACAAUUUGCUGCCAAAUACCAGCAGUGGUCUCACACCUGGAGAAGAAUUGGUUAAUGGAAUACAACUUCCAGUGGAUGAAGGUACUUUUACAUCAGUUACUGAUUUUACAGAAGCUUGUUUAGAUGAGGCUGAAGACAACCUGCCAGAUGAUGAUAUUGAUAAAUGUAAGAAGAAUACCGAAGAUAAUAUUUCACUUGGAAAACCUAUUUUGAAGAAAUCUACAAGUCAGGAAAAAGAUGUGCUUAAUGAGAAUGAAACAGUCGCAGAACCAAAACCUUCAACAUCAAAAAAGGUUCAAUUUAUUGACAAUAUUAUUCCACAAUCAUGUGAUGGAGAUAAAAAAGCAAAUGAACAAAGGGAACUCAAUGAAAGUAUUCAAAACAUAUGCAGAUCACUAAAUAUUACAUUAGAUCUUAAUGCCCCACAAGAAACAUUACCAGACAACAACAAAAUUCAAAAUAAUGAAUCAGAAAUUCUAAUUGAUCAUGAAAAAAUGAAUAGAGCUAUAGAGAAAGUCAAUGAGUCUGAAAAACAACGAAACAAACAUCCGCAAAUCAUAGACACUAAAGUAAAUCCAGAAUAUCGUUCACGGACUUAUCUAUUGAAUAAUAAAGUGAAUCCUGUGGUAUCUAUGGAAGCACCAAAGUACUCGCAACGGAUUAUGAAAUUAUCUAAUCAAAAAGAUACAACUGCAAGUGAUGUAAAUGAAAUAAUUGAAAAGGUGAAGAAUGUAAACAUAAAUAAGAAACAAAAGGUACCAACUGUGUAUGAUGACAAGAUGCAGAAAAUCAUGGAGAAAAUUAAAAACAAGCAAACAAUUGAAAAGAAAGGAGUAGUUAUGAUUGACACUGUAGAGAAUCCUGAAAUAAACAGAGUGCAUGUUGAACAAGUAGAAAAAGUGCCUGUUGACUCAUCUAAUUGUUUAGGUAGUGCGGACUGCGCAGCGGUAAUCAAUGCUUUUCGUAAAUGGUUAACAAUUGAAACCUUUUUAUAUAUACAUGGAGAAGACAAAGUAAGGCAGAUGAUAAAUAAUGAUCGUUUAGACUCUUAUUUCAAUCAGUUGAAAGUAACUGAGUUGGAAGCCUCACAACAGUUGAAAUACAUGAAUAUUUGCAAGAGGUUGCAAUUAAAUGAAAUGUUAGACAAAAAGUACGAUGAUGGUUGCAUAACUCAAAAUGGAGCUGGUCUACAACCAGUCCCGGACUAUAAUAAGCUUAAAGAAGAAGUUGAAGCAAGUAAUUUGAAAGCGCAGGCGUUUUAUAGUGGCAAAAUUGUUGCCAAGGCAAAACAAAGCGUGGAACAAGAAGAAAGCGAAAAUCAAGUUGUCCUGCCACUAGUGGAGACUUCUAAUACAAUUGCAUUGAGGAGAAGUGUUUAUAACAAAUCUGUUUUGCAAUACAUCAAGAACCACUUGCUGGAACUGUCUGCACCGGAAUCUACUUUAUGUAAAGUUCAGGACUUAAUUAAAACAUUUAAAUUUGAGGCGAAUAAUGUUGUUUUUAAGCCGGCACAGUGGAACGUUAUUGCUUUGAUUUUAAUAAACUGUGUACGAAAAUUGGAUCAACAUUUACAAACACCGGAAUCAACAAAGUAUUUGCAAACUUGCAUUGAAAAGUUUACUAAGUCACAUGGAUUAUUAGAAGAAACUAACUCUAUUAUUGAUAACUUUGAUAAAUUUGUCGAAGAUCAUAUUUUAGGUAACAAUAAGUAAGAGUUAUCGUCUUUAUUGUUUUCAUAAACAAAUAACAUUAAUUUGGUUUUAAAAUAAAUGAAUAAAAUAAUA